UCUAAUUCCCUGGUGAUCAACUUUAAGUUCCUUCACAGCCACUGGACAUGGCAGACCUCCCUCAAGUGAUCCUUCACCGCAACCGCAGACGGCGUUCUCGAGCAUCCACCGAGUACCUUGGGGUCCGCCGUAGGCCAUGGGGGCGCUACGCCGCUGAGAUCCGGAACCCUUACACCAAGGAGAGGCACUGGCUCGGAACAUUCGACACUGCAGAAGAGGCUGCGCUCGCCUAUGACCUCUCCUCCAUAGCCUUCAGUGGGCUAGCUCGAGCUCGUACCAACUUCUACUAUCCUUUCUUCGCUCCUCCCUCACCUCCUCCUCCCCCGCCGCCCCCACCUCCAUCACCUCUGCCUGAGGAGAGGGAUGAUUGCUAUUUCGAGUCAGGUUUCACUGAGGAUGAUGAUUCCAUGACCAUCGCAGCCAUCUUACAAAGCUUUCGCCACUCGAGUGCUCUUUCUUCCUCUUCUCUUCUUUAUUAGAAAAAAAAACUAUGUGCUCUUUCUUUCAUAGAAGGGACGGAUGUAGCUUUUAUUCUUAAGAAGGAUGAGAAAUGGGAGACGCGUGAUAUUAGGACGAUUAGUGUCCAGCAUAUAAAUGGUUAGAUUUUUGGGGCAAGGUCAAUGUUGUGAUGUCCUGGUAGUAUCAUCAUUGACCACUCAUGAGUUAGCGUAGUGUGUGGAUCUUUAAAUAUCAAAAUACAUCUAGUUUGUAAUAUAUCCUAGUUCUGAAAAUAAGCACACUUUCAACUUGG